UUUUUCCCUUCACUUGUUUCACUCAGCUGAGGCUGGACCUUGCUGGUAGAGACGAAGUGGAUUCCGGCUGCAGUUCUCUCAAAGCGGGCGCUCUGCCUCUUUGUUUCAUUGUAUCACGCUGAAAGAAACCUUGUCACAUUUUUUUCCGAUUCAACAACGCCUUAAGGAAAUACAUUUCAACAGAAUGGAGAUUUCAUGCCGGCGGGGAGAUCGAGUGGAGCACUGUGCUGUGUUCCAGGACAGAAGAAGAAAGGACAGUGAGCAUUCCUCCUGCAGCAAUCUGGAAUAUAACGACCUGGAGGCUGCCGAGGCCCUGGUGUGCAUGAGUGGCUGGGGUCAAGUGCCCUCCAGCUCCAGCACCUUUAGGCCUCGGCCCCUCACCCCUGCCUCUGACUCCUGCGAUUUGCUGCCCCAACCUGACCACCCAGAGACCCCUAAGGACUUCAUUUCCCUUUCCUCACUGUGUAUGACUCCACCUCACAGUCCCAGUUUCACAGAGACCUCUGUCACAACUGCCACGCUCACAAUGAGCAGGUCUUGUUCCAGCCUAUCUCACUGCCCACAAGCUCUCCGACUGGGCACAGGCCCCAUUCCGCAGACCUCCUGCAGCAGAAUGUCAACAGAAACAGCCAGCGGUGUGCCGUGCAGAGCCAUGGCGACCAGUGUCAUCCGCCACACGGCGGACAGUUCACCGUGCCGACACAUUCCACCGGCUGGGACUCCGCGGCAGCAGUAUCAGCUGAUAAAGACUGAGGAGCAGACACCAGAACGCUACCACACAACCCCACCAACCCUGACACCAGUAGUCCCCUCUCCCUGCAAGACCGAGGCCCCUUGUAACACUCUCCCCGCCAGUGAAAAGCCCCCCUGUCCACAGACCCCUCAGUCGCCGCCCCCCACUCCCAGUCCUCCAAUCAUAUGCCAGACAUUCCCCAUGAACAGCCAACCGGGUAUGAUCUCAGCCCUGAUCCAGAGCCCCUCCCCGAGGCCCUGUCCAGGAGUAAAGUCCAUCCUGCCUCAGCCGGUGCUGGUGGGCACCACAAUGCCUCAGGGAGCGGUGUUCUUUGUGUUGCCCCAGACAUCCAUCUCGCAGGCCCCCCAGUGCCCGCAGCAGUCGGUCAUGAUGGGCAACACUAAGCUGCUACCUCUUGCCCCGGCGCCCGUCUACAUGCCCUCCGGGCAGAGCCACACGGUGCAGGCGGACUUCUCCCGCAGGCGCAACUACAUCUGCAACUUCCCCGGCUGCCUCAAGACCUACUUCAAGAGCUCCCACCUGAAAGCACACCUCAGAACACACACAGGGGAGAAACCUUUCAGCUGUAGCUGGGACGGCUGCGACAAGAAGUUUGCCCGCUCCGAUGAGCUCUCGCGCCACCGCCGCACGCACACAGGCGAGAAGAAGUUUGUCUGUCCUGUGUGCGACCGGCGCUUCAUGCGCAGUGAUCACCUGACCAAACAUGCACGCCGUCACAUGACCACCAAGAAGAUACCCUCCUGGCAGGCCGAGGUGCGCAACCUGAACAAGAUUGCCGCCGCCAAGUCCACCUCCCCUCCAGGCCCCUCCCUCCCUAUUAGCAUGCUCAUUUCUGCCUCGAACUGAACUCGGUGAUGUGACAACAAAAACAUAAAUGAUAGAGAUGUUCACCUCUCACUAACAAAACAAAACAUAUCUGGGAGCUGCAUAUAGAAGCACAAGGCUCGCAAGCCUGCUAUGGACACACCCAAACAAACAGAACAUGCACUGGACUCUCUCCUGUUUGUUUCUGUGGCCUGCGCUCUCAUUUUCUCUUGCUCACAUGUAACUCUUUUUAAGAGGAGUGAUAUUUUUGUUUACUUGCAUACACUGUGUACAGUGUAUUCACUAUUUUGCCAAAGUCUUUGUUUGAUGUCUAUGUGUUUUACACUAUGUUUGCCUUUUGUACAUACUUACAUGUUUGUAUCCAUUUGAAUGUAUGGAUAUCCAGUAAUGCAUUAAUUCACGAAAUACAGGAAUUAGUCUUUGUUACGUCAAGGAGAAUCCUUGGGUGGACAGUAAUCAACACUGUGAUUCUUUACUGUGUUAUUUAAAUACUAAUUUUUUUAGUAAAAAAAUAUGUUGUAUAUCAA